UACUGUCAGCCUGCUGUCAGCGAUUGCGACUGUUCAAAAAGUUAAAAUAGGAUAGAAAUUUGAAGAAUUUCGUUAUUAAAGUUUUCUUGUCUUUAGUUUAUCAAAGUGAAAUCAAAAGUAGUGAAAAAUUAUUCUCUAGUAAAGUUUCAGAAACUUUAUUAAACAUCUCUUCACAAUCUGCCUAUGAAGUUACCAUUUUAAUUGAUGGAAAUGUUCUUUUCCGCAUAUUUAUUGAUAAAUCUGGACUAAAUAGUUGUACUUCCCACAAUAACGGUUGUUGCGUUAGUCAUAAUUAAAAUAUAGUUUUUCCUUCUAUGAAUCCUCUUAAAGAAACAUCUCCACCAGUAUCAGCAAUGGCCACUCCCACAAAUAGCAGUGGAAAUUUGGUGGAUGAAUUUGAGGAAGCAUUUCAGUCAUGUUUGAAUGUUCUUACAAAAGAAGAAGCAGUACCCACUACAGAUAAAGAUGAAAUAAAGGUAGAGGUUGAGCAAACCAUACUCCGAUUUAUUGAUCUUGCAAGACAAAUGGAAGCUUUCUUUUUACAAAAGAGAUUCUUACUUUCCGCAUUGAAACCUGAAAUGAAUGUUAAAGAGGAUAUUAGUGAACUUAGACUAGAAUUAGCCAGAAAAGAAGAAUUAAUUAGGAGGCAUUAUGACAAGAUUGCUGUAUGGCAAAAUCUGUUAGCAGAUUUACAUAGUUAUGCGAAAAGCCCUGCCCAAGCAGGUGGAAGUUCAACACCAAGCGGAGCUGGUGGUAGCAGCAAUUCAGUUCCACCAUCGCCUAUUCCAAAUUUGCCAGGAAGCCAAAGCACAAGUCAAAUGAUGCCAAAUAUUUCGCCUGCGAUGCAGCAGCAAUUGCAACAGCAACAGCUACAACAGAUGCAACAGCAACAAUUACAACAACAACAGAUGCAGCAGAUGCAACAAAUGCAGCAAAUGCAGGUCCCCCCUGGUUUGACUGGAGGCGGUGUGGGCGGCGGUAUGUUGUCCCCCCAACAAGCCAUGUUCAUGCAACAGCAGGGCAUGGGCGGAGCCAGGGGCGGCCCUUUUCCCCAAGCCGGCCCUGGGGGCGUUCUUCAGGGACCACUGGCUUAUCUAGAGAAAACUACGAGUAAUAUAGACUACGUUGCAGGAAUGACAGAUGGACGGAGGUGACGAGGACGCGGGAGGGGUCGGGGUAGGGGCCGCGGCAGGGGCAGAGGGCGCGGGCGCGGCUCCUCCGUCCUGCCGCCCGACUACCUGUCCCCCUAAUCCACGGCCGACCUUGAGGAGGAAGGGAUAGCCUGGCCCGGCUGCGACGCGUUCCACCAAUACAGGGAUUAGAGCAUAUACCUAUAAAAGAAUAUACCGCGGGUGCCGCUUAAAUUUUUGUCUCAAUGUUGAAGGAUGGAUAUAGAGUCUCAAUGCAUUUACCACAUAAGUCUGUCGUUGGGUUGUAGGAAGUUUUCUGCGCCUAUAAUUUCAAAUAAGAUGUUUUAUACUCGUAUUAUUUGAAAUUAUUUGUUAAGGUUAAAAACGUUCAAAUAAUUGAAUCAAUCUUUACAAAAAUCGGAAGUUUUUUGUUAAAUAUUCUGAAAUUAAUUAAGUUUAAUUAUGUAGCAUUAUGUGUAUAUUUAACAACAUUUUCUAUGCAAAAUUUUUUCGACCAAAAAUUAGCAUAUAUCUUCUAUUUACUUAUUUUAUAAUGUUAUUAUUUUGUUUAUAUCUAUUUCAGACUCAAUUUUUCUUUGCAGAAUAAUUGCUGCUUAUGUAUUUAUGAUCAAUACUCACCAUGAGACCUGGUUUAAAAGUAAUAUAUUUGUUAUUAACAUAUAUUUUUUUUAUUAAACAAAUAUAACUAAAAGUAUGUACAUAUUUAAAGUUCAUAUAAAGUCAAGCUAGAUACAACAAAGAGAUUACAACAUAUAAGAAGAAUAAAUAAAAUAAAUAUUCUUUUAAACGUCACACAGGCUAAAACUGAGAUAACUUCCAUCUCCUAAACAAGGAUAAACUUAUGUCCUCAAACCAAACAAACUCGAUUUUCUAUCCUUCAUGACUGGAGCAUAAAUCCUCUCAUUGUUUAUACGGUAAGACCGCAGUAUAGUCUUUUAAAUGUAUUUGGAUUAGAGCUACUGCAUAUUACUUAGGCGUAGUAUAGUCCAACGCAUUAGAAAUUGGGACAAGGUGUGAAUUUUCGUCAAAGUUUUGACUUGCGACGGCAUGGAUAAUGAGGCCUUAUCUUUUUAACUGUCUGUCAUAACUAACUGUCGAAAAGAUAUAGAAACAGACCUUUUGUGAGUACACUGUAAUUAAAACUAUUAAUAAAUCCAGCAACAGGAUUAUGUAAACUAUGGGAAUUUAUUACAUGUAGCAUCGCUUUUUCGGUAUUCUGUAGGGCAAUUUUUUUUUGGUAUCCUUCCUUCCAAUCUUUGUAUUAAGAUGAUAGGUAAUAAAUCUAUUCUUAUUUAAUAAAUUUUUAUUAAAUGGUUGCGCACUUGAAUAUUUAGUAUCACAUUUUGUUCCAAUUUUUGUUGUGUUUUACUAUAAAAGUGACGCUAAUUUCUUUACGUUUGGUAGAUUUUAAAUAGAAUGAAAAGUAGAAUAAAGAAUGGAUGUACUUAUAAGAAUAUUUCAUUCCUAUAAGAUAAACUUUAAACAAAAGGAAUUAUAAUGUUAAUAAAAAAUUAAACCUUAUCUCAUGAAAUGUUUGAUAUUGAAUUGAGAAUUAGUAAAAUUGAGUAGUAUUGUACAAUAUAAUCGAAAAAAAAACGGCGUCAGCGAUGGCUAUGAAAAUCUUCAUUUUAUAGC